AUGUCCCGGAACUUUCAUAUUGCCGUCCUGGAAUGCGACACUCCGGUGCCUGCAGUCAAGGAUACCCGUGGGUCGUAUGGUCAAAUCUUUGAGAGUCUCUUAAAGAAAGGGCUCCAGGAACUUAACCCUCCUCAUAAUGUGACUCCCGUCAUUACGAAAUGGGACGUCGUUGCGUUGCAAGAGUAUCCAGACUUACACGAAGUUGAUGCGAUUCUCAUUUCAGGGAGCAAGCAUACAGCGUUCAAAGACGAUGAAUGGAUUGUCUCACUAGUUGCAUAUGUCAAGAGUUUCCUCGAGACCGCAAAUAAGCCAGCGGUCGGUAUCUGCUUCGGCCAUCAAAUCAUCGGACGUGCCCUGGGUGCCAAGGUUGGGGUCAGCCCUGGCGGAUGGGAGAUCUCAGUUGAAAACAUCGAUCUGACAUCAAACGGCGAGAAGCUGCUUGGAUCCAGGACACUGAAAUUGCAUCAAAUGCAUCGCGAUGCCGUCUUAGAAGUUCCCCAGGGUGUUCUCAAUCUAGGUAGAAGUCCAAAAUGCGAAAUCCAGGGGUUGUACAAACCUGGGCGGGUUCUUUCGUUUCAGGCACACCCAGAGUUUGAUUCCGAGAUAAUGUCUGAGAUUCUCAAAAUGAGACACAGUCAGAAUGUUUUUAACGAUAGCAUGUAUGAAGAUGGAUCGUCAAGGGCCAAGAACAAGCAUGAUGGAGUUGUUGUUUCCGCGCUCAUUUGGAAGUUUGUGCUUGGACAGCUAGAUUAA